AUGACGUGGACCCCCCGGAAAACGGCCACGUUUUUUUUUUACACCCCGAGCCCACCUGGUCGCCAGGUGGGCCCGAUCGUGGAUAGCGUGCAGUGGCCGCGCGGGCCGAGAUACGCUGCACAGGAGGUCCCUGGACGUCGACCUCGUUCCUCGGCCGAGUCGAGGGCGCUGGAGGCCCCGCGCCGCCGGCGUCUGCAGCCGCCCCGCCCGCUUGGCGGGCGGCGGCGCCCGCCCGCUUGGGUCGCCGCAGCGGCGCUCGUCACGGCGCCGUUGAUUGCUCUUCAGUUUGGGCCAGCGGAGGGUCCCAUGCACUUGAAGGAUGUUCUUCUGUCCUAG